CGAAUUUAAAAAGCUAACCUCUCAUCUCAUCUCUAUCUCCUUUUUAGGCCUUUCACUUCAUGCAACACUAUUAAGCUUAGCAGCUGUUUUUGAGCUUCACUACACAAAUCUUUUCUUCUUCUCUAAAACGCUCUCUAAAAAAUCUCUCUUGUUUCAUAUCCUUAGCAACUAGUGUAUACAUAUAAUGUAAGUUAGCUUAUUUUAAACUAUAUCUUAUUAUAUUCAUUUCAUUUUGCAUGCCCGUAUUUUACAUUUAUUCCCCAUCAUAUUCUUUUAAGUACAAUACAAUAUUUAUCCUCUCUAAAGUUUUGCAUCAAAGAAAAAUCUACUUCUAUAUGUUACUGAAAUAAUUUUAUUUAUUUUUUAAUUUUAUUAUUCUAUUUGCAUUGUAACGGAGAAAUAGAUAAAAUGGAGUUUUUCCUCUAUUCUUUAAUGUGAUAGGUUACCCUUUUUGGAUACUUCAUUCAAGACAAGAUCUUGCAUUUUGUCAACCAAUUAAUUACACCAUAUACUUUCUUUUUUUUUUUUUCCUUUUUUAGGUAGUGCAAUGGUAUAAAUUAGAAGUUUAAAACACCAAAAUAAAAGGGAGUUUCAUAGAAUUUUUUCUAUUACUUCUUGGACCAUUUUUUUUUCUUUUCAAAUUUUUUAUUUUAAUUUUUUAAUAUGAGUGGAGAUCCCAAUGCCAAUAAAUAUUGAAGGAAUUAAAGACAAGCCUAAGAAUUUAAGACUUUUUUUUAAACAAAAAAAAAAAAUCCUUUUAGUUUAAAAUCCUUGAAUUGAAAAAGAUGGAACUAAGUCAUGAGGAAGAAGUGGAGAUCCCAAUGCCAAUAAAUAGUGCUUAUGUUGGAUUUCAUGGUUACCAUCAUGGUAGCAUGGCUCAUCAUCGCUAUCAUCAUCAUCAUCAUAACCAUGACCCAUCAUCAUCAUCAACCCAAAACCAACAUAACAACAACAUAAUCCUUCCAUCAAACAAUUCCAAUGGUGCUACAACUAAUAGUACUAUAACCACUACUACGGCUACUACCGCGGUUAUAGAUGAAGAUGAUCAUAGUCUCCUUGGACAGAAUCAUUCACAUUGUAACAACAACGACAACAACAAUGACGACGAUGAUGAUGAUUCGAGCACGAAAGCGACGAAGAAGAAGAUGAUGAUGGUAAGAUACAAAGAAUGCCAAAAGAAUCAUGCAGCAUGUAUGGGAGGAAAUGCUAGAGAUGGAUGUGGAGAGUUUAUGCCAAGUAGUGGUGAAGAAGGUAGUAUUGAGUCUCUCAUUUGUUCUGUUUGUAACUGUCAUAGAAACUUCCAUAGAAAAGAAUUUGAAGGUGAACAUAAUAUGAAUAUGAAUAUGAUGAUGAUUUCAACACAUAAUUCUUCAUAUUCCCCAUUUUACCCUUCUUCCACUACUCCACAUCUUCUUAACAAUAAGAGUAGAAAGGUCAUUUUGGGGGAUAAUGGUGUAGGGUACCCUACAAUUUCAGGGCAAGUUGUCCCAAGGUCAUUAGGAAUCAACAACAUUUCUACUUGUUAUCAUAAUAAUCAUCAUUACAAUCAUAAUCAUAAUCAAGGGGUUAAGAAGAGGUUUAGGACAAAGUUUAGUCAAGAACAAAAGGAGAAAAUGUUGGAAUUUGCUGAGAAAGUUGGGUGGAAAUUUCAAAGACAAGAGGGUGUGGAACAAUUUUGUCAACAAAUUGGGAUUAAAAGGAGAGUUUUGAAGGUUUGGAUGCAUAACAACAAGCAUAGUUUCGCCAAGAAGAAUGACAUGAUCAUUGACAAUAAUGAUAUCAACAACUCCUCUUAAUCUUUAAUAAGUUAAGCUACUACUUAUAGUUUGCUUAAUUAAUUCUUCUUAUUAUUAUAUAAUUACUAAUCAAACAUGUUUAAUGAAGGCUUUUUCUUUAAUAUGUGAUCCUUUUUAUAUAUUUUUUUUGGUGUGUAUUUUUUUUCGUUGUUGUAUUUCGUAUUUUUAUGUAAAGAGAUAUAAUAUUAUUAAAGAUGAGAUCAUAUGUAUGUGAUAUAGUUUGAAUUAUUACUAUGGUUUUGGGGUUUGGUGAUGAACUAGAUUAUGAAAAAUGAAUUUCAUGAUCUUUUACAAGAUUAAAGUACUUGCAUUCUUAUUGGCUAUUCUUUGUAUUUUAAUUUACCUCUUUAAAAGUGAUUACUCGUA